AAUAGUUCUCGGCCAUGUUGCCACAUAAAAAAUUAUAAAGUAUUGCCCCCAUCGAUACUUCUGAUCUCAUCCAACCGCAUGGCCUCGAUUUCCCUCUAUCACGGUCAAGGAAUGAAUGGUGGCCCAAGAAACAAGAUCUGUGAGAACUUUUCUUGGCAGUUUGAUCUUUCUCAAUGCCUUCUUCGAGUUGGCUUCCUCUUUGGCUCUUUCUUUACUGACCUUUACACUCUUCUAUUAAUUAUGGAGGUGUCGAUCCACCAUGUUAAUUCAGAGUAAAUGAGCCAUGCUGUGAAGAAUUAAACACUAGAUUUUUGAAGAAGUACAUGCACCAGAAGAUAGAAAUUGUGGCCUCUCAUGGAAGAGGAUCUGCAGGGCAUCUCAAAGAACCCAUGGAAGUAGGGGGAAAGAGCACCUGGAAUUCCUUUGGGUUUGCAGACGCUUGUGGGGAGUUUUAUGGCUCUUGGGAGUAGAUUUUUAGAAGCUUUCAGUGCUGUGUAAGUUCCAAAUCAUUAGGAUAUGCCUCAAGGCAAUCUAAGAUCAGCAGUUCACAGAUCUUUAACAAAGAGCCUUCCUGUUGGAUUUGAAGUUGGGAAUGAAACAGUCCAAUGGGGGACAAGCAGAAGGUCCAAAACCUCCCAGUCUGUUGCAUUAGAGCCUAUAGAACGAAGAGGCCGCCGUGGCUCAGAUCUGAUGCCCUUCAGGGUUAAGGAAGAAGAGAAGGUCAUGGCCUACCAAGAGGACAGCGAGUUGCAGCUGUUGCAUGUCUCCAAAGGAGCUCAGAAGCUGGACCGGAUGAUCGACUCAUGGUCAAAGGCACCAAAUCUUGAUGGGCGAUCAAAACAUUUUGCAGAAGAUCUUCUGAGAAGUGCUUUGGAUCUCCAGGAGUCGCUGGUCAUGCUCGAGAAGCUGCAAAAUGCCUCAAAGAUAAUGGCCAGGAUGAAUAAGAAGCAGAAACCAGAGUUCAUUUAUGAAAGAGAGCAAGAGCUAGAACAAGAGAACUCUUCUGAAACAUUGGGUUCUAAAACAUUUGAAGGUGGUGGCUGCCACCAUUGGUUGCAGGAACCAUGGCUUUCCAUCGACGGAUCUUCGAGGAAUCUUGUUGAGGAGCUGAAACAAGUGAUAGGAGACAGCCUCUGUAGGCAGAACCUCUUGUCGUUAUCCUCUGAUGAUAAGAAGGCUUCUUCGAGCAAGACACUGGGGUACUCUCAAAGCAAGGUUGCCAAUUAUAAGCAUAGUGAGCAAGAGGUAGAGGCAGUUGGUUCUAUUCGUGCCUCAGACCAGCCUAAGAAGCCAAAAGCUCGAAAUUUGAUUGCUAAGCUUAUGGGUCUGGAAGAAGUCCCUUCACAAACUGCACAGCCAGUCAAAAAAGAAGAGAAGGGGAAGAACAUAAAUUCCCCAAGGCAUAGUCUUGAUAUUGAGAUGCCCAAGGCAAGGAAGCUGCUAUUCAUACCACAGAUUCCAGAUCCAAAGAGAAAGACACUCCAGGAAAUCAUCGAAACGAUGCAAUUCAAAGGGCUUCUGAAGAGUCUACAAGCUGAACACCGCAGAUGUCAGCCUUGUUUCUCUGAUACUCCACAGCUGCAACAGUAUGCCAGAGAUUUCUAUGGGGAUGAUGACGUGCCACCAAUUGUGAUAAUGAAACCUCUGCAUUUACCAUGCUGGGAGAGAGGUGAGAUCCAUAAGGAGCCUACUUUGGAAAAGGUGGCAGUUAAGGAAGACAUCAGAUCCACCAAGUUGGGCCAGGAAGAGAAAGUUUCUGAUCAGAAAAAUAUGGUAACCGGAACAGCGGAAAGGAAAAAAAUGAAGCCCAAGGGGAAAAUCAAAGAGAAAUCAUUUCCAAAUGUUAAGUCUGUUUCCGUAGCUUCUUCGUGUCGGAGUCAGCAGAAGAAAGAGGCUUUUGAGACUCGAAAAAAAUCUGAUAAAGAACAGAAAGAAUUAUUUUUGAAUGAGAAGAAACAAGAAGAGAAGAAGGAUUUCAAAGCCACAAAGGUGUUGAUAUCACCUUCCAAGACCUCUACAGCAGCUGCAAAGCAUGAUAAAAGACUAGCAGCAGCAAGGAAUAAUGGUUCCACUCAAAUAAGCACAUCACAAAAUCAAAAUCUAAAAUGCUCAUCAAAAUCGGUAGCACAAAAUUUCUCAGGUUCCACAAAGAAGAAGAAGACCACAGGAGCAAAACCAAUUAGAAGUUCUAGCAAAGAAGUUAAAUGCAAAGAAGAUGACAAAGAAGUCAAUUCUCAUAAUAAAACCGAUAGUCUUUCAACAACAAGAAGCACUUUCUCAGGUGAAGAGCUCUCUGAACAGGCAGACCAAGAUACAGAACCAUGCAACAGAGAUGACACAGUAAAAUCUUGGAAAGAAUUAUGUGAAGUUAUUGGAAAGAUCAAUCAAGACGGAAACAUCUCUGGGUCAGGAGAAGAAGAUAUUCAACUUCCUGAAAAGAAAGCGACUACAGGAGAAGCAGCUGCAAUAGAAGAUGACCUCAAACUGUUACUUUUGGGCAACCAACCAUUCAUUAACCGUGCACGAGAACUUUUCAAUGUUGAUGAUAACAGACCUUCAUACCAUCAGAUUAAAGGCACAGAUGAGGUUGGAAAGAGAAAUGCUAAGCUCUUCUUGGACAUUGCGGCAGAGCUAAUGAUGCGCAAAAGCCACCAGCGGAAGCACUUGAUUCAUUCAUCACUCCAAACCCACUUGUGGGGCAGAACAGUAUAUUACACUAUGGACCUGUUGGUGGAUGAAAUCAGUAACGAGAUCAGUAAACUGACUAAUUACAGUAUCGUUAAUGAUGAUGCUGCUACAGAUAGCCUUUAUAGAAGACUGGAGAGAGAUCUCAAAUGCAAGGACCCAAUGAUAAAUGCUUUGUGGGACUCUGGCUGGGUGGAUUGGAUUUGCAUGGAAGAGACAGACCAAGUUGUAGAUGAAGUAGGAGAGUAUGUCUUGGCUUCGCUCAUCGAAGAGGCUGCUAUAGAAUUAAUAUAUUAAAAAAGCUUUUAUGUUUUUGGGCACCUUAAGUUCUGUUUGUAUACCAAACAACUGCUAACUUUUCUAUUUUACAUAUGAUGCUAUGUUUUGUAGUCCGAAAAGGCGAAAACAUUCUGCUUUUAUGGAAACGCAUGGAACAAUAUAAUCAAUGGAAAAGAGAAUCGAACAUCAGUUAAGGCGUU